GGCUGCUCGAGUACUGAUGAGUGAGCUGUGAUGGACAGCAAAGAGGCAGAAGCCGAGAUCCACCCUCUGAAGCAUGAGGAUGUAAAAGCUCAAGAGAACCAUGAAAACUCUGUUGAGAGACGAGUUGGCAGCAAGCAGUCACCACAACUGUCUCGGCUGUCCCGGUGGCGCACUGCUGCCUUCUUCAUCUCGUUAUUUCUGUGUCUGAUAAUUGUGUUUGCUUUCUCAUUUGUCAUUCCUUGCCCCGAGAGGCCCGUUUCUGAACGAACCUGGUUCCGAAACUAUGACGACGCAGUUGCCUACCAGUUUUUGGCUAUAGAAGAUGUGAACAAGGACAAAGUGCAAGAUGUCAUCUUUGUUUUCAAAGCUAACAAUGGCAGCAGCAGCAGCUUCAACAGAUCCUGUUUGGAUGAAGGUCUGCCUUCUCCGUGUGCCUUCGUCGCUGCCGUGUCUGGCACGAACGGCAGCGUUCUCUGGGAAAGGGCUGCUGCUGAGGACGUCGAGUGGGUGCAGUGUGGCAUCGAGCAGCUUGGUGGGGCUCAGGCCCCAGGUUGCCUAGUUGUGGGGAAGCCAGUGGCUCUUACUGCCCUUGACCAGCAGACAGGGGAAGUUCAAUGGAGACAGUCCAGUGACUUUGGAACUAAUUACACUGUGCUGACUCCCUUGUCAGUGAUUCCAGAUGUGGAUAGUGAUGGUGUUCAGGACCUGAUAAUCUUUAUUGCCACAGAAAAUAAGGUAUGUCACUCUAAAACUGUGAUAAACGCA